GCAAAAGCCAGUGCCUUCCAAAACCUUCGACGUUUUCCUUCAAGCCCUAUCCUCAUUCGAUCACAGGCAACAGAGCUUGGGCUCUUGAAUCAACGUAGCGAAGUAGGAACAUAUAAUGAAUUCUAAAACUGACAAGUUGGUGAAAAGGAUUACCAUGGUUGCAACCAUAACUGCUUCUUAUUUUCUACUGACCGCUGACUAUGGUCCUGAACCCAAUGUUCUUGACCCCAUCAAGAAGGGAGUACUUUCAGCAGAGAAUACUGUGAAAGGGUAUAUAUUUGGAUCAAAGGGAGAAUCUCAAGAAAGCAAGUUAGCGAAGUCAGACAGCAAUAAGAAACAUCCAUAGGGUGGUGUUUGUUUCAUAUAUGAACAUCAUGCUCUGCGUCAAGAUUUUGUUUUAGCCCUCACAACUAGUGAAUCCUUGUAAUUUAAUGAUGCAACGCCUAGAACACUUGCUAAUGUUGCAGUAAGAGGGUAAAUGAUAAUGACCAUGUAAUCAUCUUUUGAGCAGGGCCAAAGUUUAUGUUGUUUUAAUGCUUAAGACAAAAACUGACUAGGGUUAUAGUAUUGUUUUUUUAUGAUGUUCUUGAAUUAAACAUGACAUUUAGAUAAACAUGCACAUUACAAGCUAAGAGGAGAGACAUGCACAUUACAUUUGUGAUUAUUCUUGUUUGAUG